GGCCUUAAUAUUUAGCUCAUUUAGUGGCGAUCGAGCAUGAGGUUGACGGCGGUGCUGGUUGUGCUUGUGUUUGGAUGCGGAGUAAUUGCGAGGGACGCUGGCGUUCGCAAGCCAAUCAAUGCGAACGCCAAACCUAUUGGCAACAGUUAUUCCUCAGGGCAAACGUGUGCCAUUAACCUGAAAAAAGACUUCCCGAGAAACCAGCCUCUGGUGCUGAGCACCAGUGGUCGCCUGGUGAUGCCUGAUACUAAGGGAACGCUUCAACUUCAGCCAGGCCAAGUAAUCAUACUUUCUUGCCCUGGCAAGGAAAACAAACUGGCCAAACUGGGCACCAAAGAGUCGGCCGUUUCUUGCGGAAGCGGCUCGGAUCUCAAUGUGUCGCCUGAUAAACGCCUUCCAAUGAAAGAACUAGACUGCACCAGUUUGAUUCAGCACUCGGCACGCAAAAAUGAAAGAGAAAAGUGUGAAGUACCUGGAAAUUAUCAGGUAAUUGAUAUUGGUUUUGACCUGCCCAACGGCACACUCAUCCCCGUGCUGAAAACCUGCUUUGACCCAAAAAACGAAGAUGCUAUCUACGCAAAAUUUACGAUGACCCCGUCCAUCGGCGGGGCUCAGAGUGGCGAGCAGCGGCCGCAGUUUGUUGAGGGCCCUUUUUACCCCAACUUGAACGUCAAUAGCAAGUACGUGAAGGAGGGGCAAAGGGCAACACUGGCUCAUAUCUUGGGCUCCGAGGAACUUGCCAACAAGUACAUAGGCGAGGGAGACUACUACCUGGCAAGAGGUCACCUGGCGGCCAGGGCGGACUUUGUCUAUUCAUCGCAUCAAAGGGCCACUUUCUGGUAUGUCAAUGUCGCGCCGCAGUGGCAAACCUUCAACGGGGGCAACUGGAACACUCUGGAGGACAACGUCAGAAAAUUCGCGUCGCGCAAUGGUGGGCACGAGUUAGUCGUGUACACCGGCACCCACGGAAUAGCCACCUUGCCUGAUGCGCAGGGCAAGGAACAGCCUCUCUACCUAUCUGUUGACGGCUCAGCAGCUAAGCUCAAAGUGCCAGCAAUCUUUUGGAAAGUCAUCCUGGAGCCUUCUACUGGCAAGGGCGUUGCCUUCGUUGGGGUAAACAACCCCUACAAAGAAGAUUUGGAAACUGUCUGCGAGGACAUUUGUGACCAAAUUGAUUGGCUGACCUGGCAGCCAAAGAACCAAAAGCUUGGAUUUGGAUAUUGCUGUGCAGUGACUGACCUCAGCCGGGCUGUGCCAAAUGUUCCAAAACUCAAAAUCACUGGCCUUCUUGUAUGAAAUCUAAACUUAGAUAAUGGUUAACCACUACAUGGUUACCGAAGCCUCAACAUAACCUCAAUAUUUAUGUUUUGAGUUUUUCAAAGGUCUGUGGUUUCUGGGCUCAUUACAUUGUUAAACGUUUUUCAUCGUCAUUAUUUUAUAAUUAAAACAAAGGCUAAUGAAAUGAAGUUAACUCACUUGUGGAGAAAUAUACUCGCAUGAAAAUUAAUAAAUUGUUUUUUAUAGUUUAAUAUAGGAAAAUAUUAUUCAAUAAAAAUUCUUUCAUUAGUUAGUAACAAGAGCAUUCAUAUUAUGUCCUAACCUAUUUUGCACUAUUAAUAGAUAUGCGAUGGAAUAUAAUUGACUAAUUGUAGAACCAUGUGGCCGCCGCAGCGUCAAAGAUUGAGAAGGGUUCUCCCUGCUGGUCGUUUUUAUAUAGCGUUUGUAUUUUAAAGAAAAGGAUGUGUUUAUCUAGCUAGUUAUUCUCAGCAUGAUCCAAAAACACAAAUCGUCCAAAAUAUCAUGAAAAAAUAUUAUUAUUAUUGUUAAUUAAUUUAACGUCAGUAAGGCACUGACAAAUGUUGAAAUUCACUUUUGCUCGUUAUUUAAUUCCAUUAUGAACGUAUUAUUUGUGCAUUUAAAUUUUUUUAAUCUUUCGUUUGUAUAUGAACAGCUGAUAUAAUCUUGCUUUGUGCAUGAUUAUUUUCAAAUGAACAAUGUUACUUUCAAACUGUGUUUGCUAAACAAAAAUUGUUUAUACGUUUUCUUAUAAAUUCA